CAUUAUCUGUCGAAAAAUGAGUUUUAUCGUAUAUAAUCAUGACCGUAUUACGCUUGUGAACAAUUAAGUAUGAUUAAGCAUUUCGCGUUAAUUCAGAAGAACAAAUAAGUAUACGGUAUUUGUUUCGCAAAUAUUUGCCCCGGUAUAAACUUAUAUGUAUAUAUUUUUAUUCUACUGUCGACAAUUUGCUUUUGCUUCUGUCGUUUCAGUUUCAGCGUACAAUACUUAGUUGUAAAUAAUUAAAAAUAUAUCGGAUUGAUAUAUUUACUUAUUAUGACAAUUUGUUGUGCAAACUAUCUACUGAGCUUUUAAGUUAAACCGUGAACUACAAAUGGACGAAUUUUGUGGAUCUAAGUUUUGGGAUGACGACCUCAGCUGGAAUACCUUAGACCCAGAACUGACCAAAUGUUUCGAGAAAACCGCCCUUGUUUGGGCGCCCUGCAUCUUCCUGUGGGCCUUAUCACCGUUAGACGUCUAUUUCAUCCUGAACAGCAAAAACAGGGAUAUACCGUGGAACUGGAGGAACUUAGCGAAGAUUGUUUUAACCGGUGCGCUAGUUAUAGUGACUCUAACAGAUAUAGUGAAGACUUUCACGUGGGCUAGUUGCAAUGACAGUGCAGUGUAUAGUGUAGAUGUGAUUUCGCCUUUAGUGAAACUGUUCACAUUCGCUUUUUCAGCCGUUUUUGUAUACUACAACCGCAAAUAUGGCAUACGAACCUCCGGACUCCAGUUCCUAUUCUGGUUACUCCUGCUUAUAUGCGCUAUACCGCAACUCCGAACAGAAAUCAGGGAGGCCCAAGAGACAGCUGAUAAAAGAAGCUACAAUCUCAUCAGUUACACUUUAUACUUCACUCUUGUGGGUUGUAUAACAUUGUUGAGCGCUCUGGCUGAUGAACCACCGAGGGAAACGAAACAUAGAAUAUCAAAGAAACCAUGUCCAGAACAAGGCGCUGGUGCGCUUUCUCGUAUUUUGUACACUUGGUUCGAUCCAAUGGCAUGGAAGGGAUAUCGAAACCCGUUGGUAAUUGAAGAUCUAUGGGAUCUCAACCCAGAGGAUUCGGCUAAAGAAGUAGUGCCACUUUUCGAAAAACAUUGGCAUGCAUCUUUGGAAAAGAGCGGCAGGUAAU